AUGACAUCAUCAGUGUCAUUGAAUACACCUGCUGAUGAUUUAGGUAAUCAAGCUUUUCUGGAUGUAACUGAAGUUACAAAGGAAACAAUUCAACAUGAUUUCGAUAAGAAUAAUUUUAACAUUGAACUCUGUUUAGCAACUACUUCUAAGAAAACAAUGGAAUGGAGUAUUGGUCAAAAUCCAAAAUUAGAAUAUCAUCUUACCAUUACUCUUCGUCAACCCACAGUUGUUACUUCAAUUUGA